CCUUUCCGCCUACACCACCUGCUAGCGGGCAGAAGCCUGUAACUAGUUAAGUAAAUUAAAUCACCCAAAUUGGGCCGCGCCUCUAUUAAAAACUAGCUAGGUGGGUGUCAGAAAACUAUGAAGAAAAAGGAAGCUCUCUUUGUCCUGUUGAGCUUUGCUCUGCUAUCUAUGAUGGCUUUGAGUUACCUCCUUUAUGCUAAAGGAAAGAGAGUCAUUAUCUUCAGAGGCAUGCUUCAAGAAAGACUUGUUAACGAAUUAGACCAGGAUCAGCACCUCUUUCAUCCAUCAUCAAGUCUUCAGGAUUUAUGGGUUACAGUUAACAAGAACAUAGUGGUCAGACGUUUAGGUUUUCAUGACACUAGGAACUCCUCUUAUCCCAGUGUAGUAUUCAACUGUAUGUAUGAUGACAGAUCAGAAUUGCCACACUUAAGAAAACUGUAUAGUCUUCUAACUUUUAGGAACAGAUCAACUGCUUGUUAUUUACUAGAAUACUGGGUAGCUAUUGGUGACCUUGGAGCAAGAGAAAGAUAUCAAGAAAUAUAUUUUAAUUACAUAUUGCGAACUAAAGAAAAGAUAACAGAAGCACCAGUUCAUGGUCAAAUUUCAAUCCAUUCAAACUGUAGUUUCCUUUCUCGCACAAUUCCAAUUAAAGACAAUACAACGAAUAAGAAUUACACAUAUGCAGUCUGCCUUCACAAGAGUAUAUAUAAUCUAACUGAGCCUGAAAUGUUAGUGCAUUGGGUUGAGCUCAAUUUGGCACUAGGAGUGGAAUUUAUGACAAUAUAUCUUCAAAACGGGUACAUUCCUGAGUCAUACUAUACACUAAUGAUACCUUACAUUAAGAGAGGAAUAGUUGAAGUACUGGACUGGGGUCUAAGACCACCAGUCAUUCCUGGAUACACUAAAUUCUGGGGACAGACUGCAGUCAUCAAUGAGUGUCUCUACAGGAACAUGUAUAGGGUCAAAUACUUAGGAUUAUAUGACAUAGAUGAAUUUAUUAUUCCUCAAAAACUAAAAACCGUUCCAGAACUCAUCGAAACUUUUGAGAAAGAAAAUCCAAAUGCGCUUAAAGCUGUGGCAUACAUUGCCAGAAAUGCAUUCUUUUACAAGAGGAAGGAAAGUCUUCCUGAAGUAAAGAGGUUACCUCGCCGUACAAUGCUUAUGUGUUACAGGAUGAGCUUUCUACCAAGAUAUUAUACAUUUACAGUUAGGAAUCAAGUGACUCACCUUCAACACCAAUAUCAUAAGGUAAUUGUGAAGCCUACUGCAGCAAUCGGAGUGUGGACUCACUGGGUCAAGAAGUACAUGGAUGGCUAUACUAAAGAGUUUUAUUUCUCAACUGAGGAUGCUCUCAUACAUCACUAUCGCGUUCCAGACAAGUAUCCUUUGACAGAUUUUAAUGAAAAGGUUUUUAUCAUGAGCCGGUACUUUAAUGAAACGUUUAAGGGAAUAUCUGAGAAUUUAUGUAGAUAUUAUUAUUUAUGAAUCAUUAUUGUAUAUUAUAGGUUGUUAAUUUACUACAGUUGUUUUGAGUUGCAAUCAACACAAUGUUGAUGGUGAUUACAAU